CCUCCUCGAAGCGCUGACCUGCAACUGACAGCCGCGACUCCCAAUAGCGGCACAGCGAGCAGCCAGAUAGCUGCCAGGAAGACUGCUGAGUGUCCCGGGGCUGCAGCCGAGGCACGGGAUCCUGCUCCGAGAAUGCCAGAACUACUCCAUUAAAUGCAAAUCGCAAUCUCGCAGAAAGUUUGUCACACAGAGAUUGACCAAAAGAAAUACAGAACCAGCUCUGAAGGAAGAAUAAUAGCUGUGAGAAGGCAUAGCGAUGUCUGUUUGCAACAAUGGUGCCAGGAUUCCAUCUCCUCAAGAAGCUGCCAAUGGUUUGACCCAGCCCAGUGCCUCAGGCACCUGGCAUAAGCCAGAAGAAGAAGCAAAAACUGUGGAGCCGAACCUCGUUAAGAAGGCCCACAGAGAAAUUUUGGACCAUGAGCGGAAAAGAAGAGUAGAGUUAAAGUGCAUGGAGCUGCAGGAAAUGAUGGAAGAACAGGGGUAUUCAGAGGAGGAAAUACGCCAGAAAGUAGGUACCUUUCGGCAAAUGCUCAUGGAAAAAGAAGGCGUGCUGACAAGAGAAGAUCAACAUGGUCGUCAGAUAAUAAUUGAAAACCAUUAUGUGGUUCCUGGUGAAGAAAGUGUCACAGAGUACUCAAUGUAUGGCGAAGGUUAUACUCUGGAAUGUGAUUGCCACAGUGAUUGGUAUCAAGAUGACAGUGGCCACAGGGAUUACAGGACACACAGAAGACUGAGCAAUUCAGGCUCACCUCCUCCAAAGAAAAGAAAGAAGAAGAAAUCUGGACAUAAAAGAAGCCGGUGCGAUAGUUCAUCACCAGUUCGGAAAGAUAAAAAGAAGAAAAGUGGCAAAAAGCACAAAAGGGACAGGUCAAAUUCAGGAACCAGAAAGAAGAGAAGACACAGAUCUAGAAGCCUUAAGAACAAAAGAAAAGAUAAAUCUAAAGACAGAAAAAGAUCACAUAGUGGAUCACCUGUUCGGAGAACCCACAGACACAGCAGUUGCAGUUCUCACAGUGCUUCCCCUUCCUCUGACUAUAGCACCUCCAAGUCACCAUGCAGACAAAGCCCCAAGCAUAGGCAGGAUGACCACAAACCUUCUAGCCACAGAUCCAGCCGCAGUCUCUCCUCUUCUUGCACUGCUCACAGUCGGUCUGCCACACCUCACCAGAAUGGGCACAAGAGUGGCAGUCACAAUGGUCACCACAAUCAAGGCCAUGGCGUUACUGUAGAGAAAAAUUUGGAUCACUUGAAUUCAGUAUCUCCAUCUUCAAAGACACAUUCAAAAGUGGAGACGUCACCUAACCAUCACAAGGCUAAUAACCGUAAUGAUAUUAGGAGUCCAAGGUCUAUUUCAUCAGGUAAAGGUGGUCGAUGUUCUUCAGAUGAUAAACGACGACGCCACUCUAGGUCACCGUCAUCAGAGAGACAACGUGGACGAUCUAGAGGACGAACCAGGAUGCACAAGGAGUCUUCUGUGAACACAGAAAGCCAUACAGGCUAUAGUAGUGAUUCUGAAGGAUCUAUUGUUUCACACACACCUGGAGUAGAGAAGACCCAUGGUGCAUUAACAAAAAAGCCAACAGUCAAGCAUCAUCGUGGUAAACAAAAUAGUUGUUCUGAGUCUUCAGUGAAACGUACUCGACAAAACUUUGAGAGGAGGAAGAGUCUAGCUCGAAGCACUGGCAACAGGGGUAGUUCUUGGAGCUCUAGCUGUUCACCUUCCCGUUCGAGGUCACGAGACAAGAGAUCUGCAAGAAGCAGAUCUCGAUCUCUAUCUCCAAAGAAGAAUUUAAACAGGGAAAAAGACAAUGAGACUCGAGCACGGCAUAAUGAGACAGAAGCAGCAAGACCUAGACGGCGCUCUAGAAGUUACUCACCUAUUCGGAAGAGAAGAAGGGACUCUCCAAGCUUCAUGGAGCCUAGGAGAAUUACAAGGUUCCUUGUGAUGACCUGUUGGCAGUGACAUCGAUGACAGCAAGUAUACUUGAUUACUAGGUGCCCGGAAGCGUCCUAUUCCAUACUACAGACCAAGCCCAUCUUCCAGCUCCUUGAGUAGCUACUCUCACAGUCGUAGCCGAAGUAGGAGCUAUGACAGCUAUAGCAGCUACAGCCGUAGCCGGACUCGGAGCCGUUCUCCCAGCCAUAGUAGAAGCCCUAGUUACAGGAGCAGCUCGGAGAGUGCUGGAUUUUAAGCCUCUGUGCAUCAAAAAUCAACUUCUACUAAUCACAUUUGCUUCCUAAAGUAGAUUGUGUGUUAGCCCAAGAAAAAUCACAGGGUUGGAAUGUGAAAUAGAAUAAUAUAUGUAUAUAUAUUUAUAUAUAUUAUGAAUAUUCACUGUCACUCGCAUCUACAACCUCAUAUUAAUGUAAAUCUGUCUGUAGAAAUGCAAACACCUCACAUCAAUAGAAAUUCUGUUCUUCAUUCUGUUACAUCUUGAGAUUUCCCCUGUGUUCUAUGAACAGAGUGCUCAAUGCUGCAAAGCACAGAAGCCACAGCCUCUUCACCACUGCAUAGAAUGGUGGCACUACAUGGAGAUAAUGACAGCCUCAGUCUUGGUUACUUAACUGUAUUUUCUAAAGUCAUAUAGUCUGUAGUAGGAAGUGUUUUUCAGUAUUCAAACAUUUUGGACUUAUAAUGAUAUAUAUCUGCUUCAUCAUAAAACAUGUUUGGAAGUUAAUGACAGGUCCCCCCCAAAACCUUUUUUUUUCUUUUUGCAUUUUUAUAAAUUAACAGAAAUGAAGAGCAUGUAAUUUAAUUCAUUCAUUGUCAUACCUAUCUACUAUAUGUCUGUUCUCAUGUGUUAUUUUUUUAGACUCUCCAUGUUCCUGUUCCCAUGUGACUAAAUAGUUGGCAAACACCUUAUCAAAAGUUUUCUGUCAUCUCAGUAGUUCCUGAGAAUGUCCAUGAUGUGUUUACCAUCAUGUGCCCAUACAUGAAGGGUGUAUUGGUUUAACUUGAAAUAGUCCAAAUUAUUAACUGAUGGUAACUGGAUAUUAAACUAACAACUUAUGAGAAACAAGCUAGGCUUUGUUAGUAAUGCUAUAGUUAGUUUUUUUUUAAAGGGGUUGUCCAACUCACUACAAGUAAUAGCCUGUCCUCGGGAUUGAUGGGGGUCCAUGCUGAUUAGCAGUUCUGUAAUAUCUCCAGACCCAGAACUUGGCACAAGAACUACACAGCUCCAUCCUUGAAAGAAAAUGGGAGCAGCACUGCAGUAACCAGCUGGGUCCACUGCACAAUGGUACUUCUGGAGUCAGAACUACUGCAGAACAGUUGAUUGGCAGGGGUGCAGGGUGUUGGACCCCCGCUGGUCAGAUAAUGAUGGCCAGUGCUGAAUAUAGGCCAUCACUUAUAAAGGGUUGAACAAACCCCUAUAAGUAUGUUUAGCAUAUUUAAACUGCAAAUGAGUUUGAGAGUCAAAUUAAUAGCUAAAAUCACCAGCAAAAAGAUAAAAUAAUAUACAUAUAUAAUAAUAAGUUGAUUAUUAAAUUAUUUGAAAUGCAGCCACCAGAGAUGUACAGUAACUAGGCUUACCUUCACAUGAGGCAAAGAUUCAGCUUGUUCUACCCCAUAUCAUAGUGCUGUGGUCAAGGUAGAGUGUGUUGUUGGUGCCCCAACACACAACAUCAGGGGUUCAUGUCCAGCUAGCCCACCACACACACCCAGCUACAUCUCUGGCAGGGAUUCGUCUAAAUCUGCAUUUCUCUAGCCACAUGUAUAUGUUUUUGAGAAGUAAUUGUCUCUUAUUUGUUUAGUAAAUAAUUAUCCAUCAGCACCAUCUUUAUUUUUUUUACCAUAUUUUAUGAACGUAUUCUAAAGAUUACAGCUACUAUCACCACCAAAAAGACAUUCCAUGCAAAACCACUGACGCUAUAGAGUCACUUUUAACCUCUUGAAGAACACGUAUUAACUUAUUAACUUAUUUAUUAAUUAAUUUAUUUUUAUUUAUUUAUUGUGAUUAAAUUAUGUCUGUUUAAUGGCUUUAAGAACAAGUGUUGAUUUCUCUCUCGAGAAUUUAACAAAAAAAAUUUGCAUGAACAAUCUGGUAACAUGGUUGUUUAAAUGGGUUUUUAGAGGAACAAUUGUGCACAAUUCUUCCAUUUAAUCUGCAUUUAUGAAACAUGAUUUAAAGCCGCAAUGAACAAACACACUUUUUGGGUACAUAGUACUUCUGUACAUAGUUGUGGUCACCAAUGCUGCUUAUAUUUAAUAAUAUGCACAGUACAGUUCAUGUACAAGUCACAGACACUUGAUGGCUGCAAGACAAUAGGCACAUGAUCCUAGUCCAAAGUGAUAUGCCAUAGAGCAACCUCAAGAUGGGGGCUCCAUGAUUAUAUUUGAUCGCCUGCUGUAAAAUUCCCUUAAUGGCUAUGAAAGAAAAAAAUUGGAAAUAAUUAUUUAAGUUCUCACAAAUUUUUCACUCAUGGUGAGGUCAUGUGCAAGUGGUGGUGGUGCUGGGGCUUUAAAAUGGAGCCCUAGUCUUAAAGCGGCUUCCUGGGAGUAGAAUAUCUGAUUGAUUGGCGUCCGACUCCUGAAACCCCCACGAUCAGCUGUUUGAAGAGGCUGCAGUGCUCAAAGGAGUGCUGCGGCCUCCUCACAGCAUACCAAGCACCACACCAUACAUUAUAUAGCAGUUGUGCUUGAUUCACUUAAAUGGGACUGAGGUGCACAUAAGCCAUGUGACCAAUCAAGAUGACUUCACUGGCCUGGGGUGCCGGGAGUUGGAGCCCCACCGAUCUGAUAUCGAUGACCUGUCCUGAGGCUUUUUUUUUGUGAUGCAUCCUUCAGUGAAAAAGCUGCACUGCAGCAAAUAUUUAUAUAGAUUGGACAAAUACUUUAUGUUUACUUGUAUUAGAAUAAAAUAUAUGGUGUAUAGUUUCUCUGAGAUUACAGGAUAAUUGUAUAAAUUAUGUUCUGACUGUUGAGCAAGGCAGCCUUCACUUUGGAUAUGUAUAAAUUAUUUCACUAGGUAAGAGAAAUGUUGUUAAAAUCAAGUGUAGCUAACAUUGGUCCAGUCACUGUCCUUUGAAAUGAAUGGAACCCCCUGCCAAUUAUGACGUCCUAAAUGUUGACAUGAAUUUACUUUGCACUGUUCUUGCACUGUCCUGAUAUAUCAUUUCACAAUGAUGACAAAUAUAAUGUAUGCAAGGAACUGACUGCUUCACCAAAAUGUCACCAUUUGAAAGGAUUAACCAUUUUGGUCUCUUCCCUCUGGAUUUGUAAAUUUUGCAUAUUUAUUGCAUUGUUAAUGCCUAUAAUAUCCACAUACAACAAAUAAACAUCAGUUAACAUCAAUUGUAAUUUCUUAUGACGAUGUAUAGUUUCAG